UAAAGCACGUGACAAUGCAUUACGCUAUACCUGGCGAUUUUCACAAGUGACAGUUCGUUUUUGCUUAGUUUUUAGUGUUUCGUUUUGAGUGCAAAAGCGAUAAAAAUGGGAAGAAAAGUAACAUUGAGUGCUUGCUCCCUAAAUCAAUGGUCUUUAGAUUUUGACGGGAAUUGUGCAAGAAUAUUGAAAAGCAUUGAGAUCGCGAAGUCAGAAGGGGCGAAGUAUAGACUGGGCCCGGAACUGGAAAUAUGUGGCUACGGAUGUGCAGAUCACUUCCUGGAGUCGGACACACUCCUCCACAGCUUCCAGGUCCUGAAGGAUCUGCUGGAGUCGACUGUCACUCAGGACAUAAUCUGCGAUGUUGGCAUGCCAGUCAUGCACCGCAACGUCCGCUACAACUGCAGAGUCAUUUUCCUCAACAGGAAAAUACUGUUGAUUCGCCCCAAAAUGGCUAUGGCAAACAACGGAAACUACAGAGAGUUUCGAUGGUUUUCCCCCUGGAGUAAGCCAAGGCAUGUGGAGGAAUACUUUCUGCCAAGAAUGUUACAAGACGUGACGGAACAGGAAUCGGUACCAUUUGGGGAUGGGGUCCUUGCCACCAAAGAUACCUGCAUCGGCAGUGAGAUUUGUGCUGAGCUGUGGAACCCGUGGAGUCCUCAUGUGAAUAUGGGACUGGAUGGUGUGGAGAUCUUCACCAACUCCUCUGCCAGCCACCACCAGCUCCGCAAGGCUGACCAGCGGGUUAACCUGGUUAAAUCUGCCACUGGCAAGAGCGGGGGCAUCUACAUGCUGGCCAAUCAGAAGGGCUGCGACGGAGACCGCCUCUACUAUGACGGCUGUGCCAUGAUCGCCGUUAACGGCGACGUCGUUGCCCAGGGAGCGCAUUUCUCCCUGGACGAUGUGGAUGUGGUCACAGCCACACUGGACCUGGAAGACGUGCGCAGUUACAGGGGGCUGUACUGCCACCCACUCGUGGAGCACGAAUGCAAGCCCGUUCACAGAUUGAAAGUGAACUUUUCACUGUCGGAUGCCCGGGAUAUCUACCUCCCGUCCCACGAGCCAAUCGAAUGGCACUUUCACACUGCUGAGGAGGAGAUCAGCCUUGGUCCAGCGUGCUGGCUGUGGGACUACCUGAGAAGAAGUGGCCAGGCUGGCUUCCUGCUUCCUCUGAGUGGAGGUGUGGACAGUUCCUCCACUGCCUGCAUUGUGUACUCCAUGUGUCAUCUCAUCUGUGAGGCUGUGAAAAAUGGCAAUACCCGGGUGCUGUCAGACGUGCAGCAGGUGGUGACAGAUGUCACCUACGUGCCCACGGACCCGCGGGAGCUGUGCGGACGGCUCUUCACCACCUGCUACAUGGCCAGCGACAACUCCUCCCAGGAGACCCGCGCCCGCGCUCAGGAGCUGGCGUCCCAGAUCGGCAGCAUUCACAUCAACCUAAACAUUGACAUGGCUGUCAAAGGAAUUCUGGGAAUCUUUUCCGUGGUGACGGGGAAGUGGCCUCAGUUCCGUGUCAAUGGGGGAAGCACCAGAGAGAACCUUGCUUUACAGAAUGUGCAGGCUCGGAUCAGGAUGGUUCUGGCAUAUCUGUUUGCCCAGCUCAGCUUAUGGGCCAGGGGGAAGCCAGGAGGCCUGCUGGUUUUGGGAUCAGCCAAUGUAGAUGAGAGCCUGACAGGAUACUUCACCAAAUAUGACUGCUCCAGUGCCGAUAUCAACCCUAUCGGUGGGAUCAGCAAGACUGACCUAAAGAGCUUCCUGCUGUACUGUGUGGACAGGUUCCAGCUCACUGCACUGAGAAGUGUCAUGGCUGCCCCGCCUACAGCUGAACUGGAGCCACUGGACAAUGGGCAGGUGUCCCAGACUGAUGAGGCUGAUAUGGGGAUGACUUACUCGGAGCUGUCUGUGAUUGGUCGGCUGCGGAAGAUCUCCAUGUGUGGACCAUACAGCAUGUUCUGCAAACUCAUACACACGUGGAGGGAUGCCAUGUCCCCCUCAGAGGUCUCAGUCACUGCUAUACUGUACCAUCAGCACUCACACACACACACACACUGCUAUACUGUACCAUCAGCACUCACACACACACACACUGCUAUACUGUAC